UUCUUUCUUGCUGGUUCUGUAAACAGGGCUUAAGUAGCGAAAUACGGACGAAGAGGCAGGCAGUCAGGAUUCGCAGUUGAUCUUCGUGAUUAAUCACUUGGUUUCAAGCGGCUUUUUAAGAAUUACGCCUUAGUAGUUGGCAGCUCUAGUCUUUGAGGUCCACCAGCUGAGUUCGAUCUUUAUUAGGAACGUAAAAUAGGUUUAAAACCUGCCUGGUGUCGACUAUGAUUAAAAUUAGCAUUCUCCUUAAAAAAAAAAAAAGAAAGAUAGCUUAAGGGUAUCUUCCUAAAAGUUAAGAGUACGGAAGUAUCUGACGUACCCCGGUUUAGAUGAAUUGUUUUCCUGGUUUAGAGGACUGUGGUCCACUCUUCUAUAUUAAGCCCACGGUGUGGAAAUUAAAACAACACAACUAUUUUGACUGGGGAUUUGAUCAAGCAAAUGCUAAGAAGCCACAUAAAAAGGAUCCUUAACAGUCAUUUCUCAACAAUUAUAUAGUCAACUGAUGUAACAAUGGUACUAAUAUUGGGACGAAGACUAAACAGAGAGGAUCUCGGGGUGCGUGAUUCCCCAGCAACUAAGCGUAAAGUUUUUGAAAUGGACCCUAAAUCUCUGACAGGCCAUGAGUUUUUUGACUUCUCUUCAGGAUCAUCCCAUGCUGAAAAUAUACUCCAGAUAUUCAAUGAAUUCCGAGACAGCCGCUUAUUCACAGACGUCAUCAUUUGUGUGGAAGGCAAAGAAUUUCCUUGCCAUAGAGCUGUUCUCUCAGCCUGUAGUAGCUACUUCAGAGCUAUGUUUUGUAAUGACCACAGAGAAAGCCGAGAAAUGUUGGUUGAGAUCAAUGGUAUUUUAGCUGAAGCUAUGGAAUGUUUUUUGCAGUAUGUUUAUACUGGAAAGGUAAAGAUCACUACAGAGAAUGUACAGUAUCUUUUUGAAACAUCAAGUCUCUUUCAGAUUAGCGUUCUUCGUGAUGCUUGUGCCAAGUUCUUAGAGGAGCAACUUGAUCCUUGUAACUGCUUAGGAAUCCAGCGCUUUGCUGAUACCCAUUCUCUCAAAACACUCUUCACAAAAUGCAAGAAUUUUGCAUUACAGACGUUUGAAGAUGUGUCCCAGCAUGAAGAAUUUCUUGAGCUUGACAAAGAUGAGCUUAUUGAUUAUAUUUGUAGUGAUGAACUUGUUAUUGGUAAAGAGGAGAUGGUUUUUGAAGCCGUCAUGCGUUGGGUCUAUCGUGCUGUUGAUCUGAGAAGACCACUGUUACAUGAGCUCCUGACACAUGUGAGACUCCCUCUUUUGCAUCCUAACUACUUUGUGCAAACAGUUGAGGUGGACCAAUUGAUCCAGAAUUCUCCUGAGUGUUAUCAGCUGUUGCAUGAAGCAAGACGGUACCACAUACUUGGGAAUGAAAUGAUGUCCCCAAGGACUAGGCCACGCAGGUCAACUGGCUAUUCUGAGGUGAUAGUUGUCGUUGGAGGCUGUGAACGUGUUGGAGGAUUUAAUCUUCCAUACACUGAGUGCUAUGAUCCUGUGACAGGAGAGUGGAAAUCUUUGGCUAAGCUUCCAGAAUUUACCAAAUCAGAGUAUGCAGUCUGUGCUCUAAGGAAUGACAUUCUUGUUUCAGGUGGAAGAAUCAAUGGGCGUGAUGUAUGGAUUUAUAACUCACAGUUAAAUAUUUGGAUCAGAGUUGCUUCUCUAAAUAAAGGCAGAUGGCGUCACAAAAUGGCUGUCCUCCUUGGUAAAGUAUAUGUUGUUGGAGGCUAUGAUGGACAAAACAGACUUAGCAGCGUAGAAUGUUAUGAUUCCUUUUCAAAUCGAUGGACUGAAGUUGCUCCCCUUAAGGAAGCAGUGAGUUCUCCUGCCGUGACUAGCUGUGUAGGCAAAUUGUUUGUGAUUGGGGGAGGACCUGAUGAUAAUACAUGUUCUGAUAAGGUUCAAUCUUACGAUCCAGAAACCAAUUCUUGGCUACUUCGUGCAGCUAUCCCAAUUGCCAAGAGGUGUAUAACAGCCGUAUCCUUAAACAACUUGAUAUAUGUUGCUGGUGGGCUGACCAAGGCAAUAUACUGUUAUGAUCCAGUUGAAGAUUACUGGAUGCACGUACAGAAUACAUUCAGCCGACAGGAAAACUGUGGUAUGUCUGUGUGUAAUGGUAAAAUAUAUAUCCUGGGUGGAAGACGGGAAAAUGGAGAAGCCACAGACACUAUUCUCUGUUAUGAUCCUGCAACAAGUAUCAUCACAGGGGUAGCUGCAAUGCCCAGGCCAGUGUCCUAUCACGGCUGUGUGACUAUACAUAGAUACAAUGAAAAAUGCUUUAAGCUCUAAUGCCAGGAUACCUCACCCAAGAAGCCACACUGAUCCAAGAUGAGAGGUUUUAAGAGCUCCAGAGUGGGAACUUGACAUAUCUCCUUUGUGCCAUGUACACAAAAAAGUAAAGAUAAUAAUUGUGGUGCCUUUUCCCCUGAAAUUCAAUCUUUCAAACUGUAAUAAAACCUUUCCUAUAAUUGGGGGAAAAAAAUAUGUUGUUGUUGAAAGUAAUAGUGGUUAUUGCUUGGGUUUUGAGAGUGUACCUUUGUAAGUAUUGUAAGAAACUCAUGUGGAGUAGGAAAUAAUGUCUGCCUGUGUAAUUUUUAGGAAUUUGUGAAUGGUUUUUCCAUUUGUAUAUGUUUAUCUGUAAGCCUAUAUAUUCCUUAUUUUGUCAUAUAUGUAUAGAAAAUUGCAUGACUUAGGCUUCAUUUAGUUUGAAUCACAUAAUGCUUAGAGUGCUUACAAAGGGCGGGAAAUCAGUUUAAAAAUCUUUUUCACUAAAAAUAUAUUCAAACGGA